AUGAGUAGACUUGAAGGCAAGAUCAUCGCUGUGACGGGCGCCGGGGCUGGGUUCGGACGAGCGAUUGUUCAAAAGCUCAUCGCUGAGGGAGCUAAGGUCUUGGGGAUCGACAUCGUCGCUUCGAACAAUGAGGAGACCGCAUCGUUGUGCCCAAAUGGCACGUUCUUUCAGUUAACAGCAGAUGUGGCGGCCGAAGAGACAUGGCAGAAUGUGCUGCGUCUUAGCAACGAGCACUUUGGUCAUCCUCCUUCAGUCAUCGUCAACUGCGCCGGUGUUGUCCAUCUCGGCCAAGAACCCCAUUUGGUCUCCGAGUGUGAGUUUGACAAUGUGUUCAAGGUAAACGUGAAGCCGCUGUAUCUCAGCACUAAGGUGAUCGUGCCUUUCUGGAUCGAGAACAAGAUUGAGGGACAUUUCAUCAAUAUUGGAAGCAUCAGCCAAGCGAGACCCAGACCGUCCACUGUUUGGUACGCUGGGAGCAAGGGGGCGGUGACAGCGGCAACUCGAGGACUAGCUGCAGCAUACGCCAAACACCGUAUUCGUUUCAACGUGAUAAGGCCCUCUAUCGGAGAAACGGCAAUGCUUCCUCGUGUCCAAGGUGGCGAAGACACUCCAGAAGGUCGGGCAAAGCGACUAGCCACGCUUCCCUUGGGCCGGCUAUGCCAGCCAAGUGAUAUUGCAAACAUGGUAUGCUUCCUCGCAUCUGAUGAGGCAACCUAUAUAACGUGA